GAGUUCGGCAUCAGUCGGCAAGAGGCGAAAAGCCUAACUCACAGUGCGAAGUGCUGUGAAGGCCUAGUGGAGUAUAACUCGUACAACGAUGAAGUUAAAGUGAAAAAGUUGGACUAACUCUUCGUGGAGUAAACGAUGGCUCGACAGAUAAUUUCAGCGCUUAAGAUCCUAUAUUAUUGUGCUUUUUUUGGAGUUACCGUGGGUCUGAUGGACUUAGCUAAUGAACAAGUGUGUACAGGAACAUCCCAGGGUAUUGUAGCUCGAGGAAAAGCCAGUUUCAGGUACCAAAGGUACAAGGACUCCUACACGAACUGCACAUAUGUGGCUGGCAACUUGGAACUUGUCUUUCUUGAGGAUACAAAUGAAAAGUAUGACUUUUCUUUUGUGAAAGACAUCAAAGAAGUAACAGGCUAUGUUCUGAUUGUGGCAGUUUAUGCCAGCUAUAUUCCAUUGACCAAUCUAAGAAUCAUUCGAGGAAAGACACUGUUUCACUAUGAAAGGCAAUCCUACAGCUUAUUUGUGGCACUUAACCACUUCCCAAAUUCUCCAACCAUCGGAUUACGAGAACUUCGAUUCACAUCACUUUCAGAAAUCCUUGCAGGGAAAGUGUUCUUCCAAAACAACAACUUGCUCUGUUAUGAGAACACCAUUGACUGGGAAGACAUCAACCCACAACUCAAACCUCCUGUGACCUUCAUGCAAGACAAUAAUGACUACAAAAGAAAAUGCAACGAAUGUGAUGAAUCCUGCUACCAGCCGUCAACUGGACAGCGCCAUUGCUGGGGUUCUAGAAAAAACAUGUGCCAACAACUGACAUCAGGUGAGGAGUGCCAUGGAUCCUGUGAAGGCCGAUGUUUCGGGAAGCUACAAAAUCAGUGCUGUCACAAGGAGUGUGCAGGGGCAUGUACAGGACCCAAGAAAACAGACUGCCUGGCUUGUCGCAACUUUAACAAUGACGGGGCCUGUGAACCUUACUGCCCUCCACAACGCAUCUAUGACCCCAAUCUGUUCAAGCUGGUCAAGAACCCCAACGCCAGAUUUACCUAUGGAUCUUUGUGUGUCAGCAAGUGUCCAGAACAUUUGCUGGAAGAUUCUGGAGCAUGUGUCCGGUCCUGUCCAGAUGGCUCCACUGCGGAGGGAAACUCAUGUGUGCCCUGCAAUGGCCCUUGUCCAAAGAUGUGUAGUGGUGUGGAGGACAAUGACUGGCUUCAUGCACACAGCAUCAACAACUAUACAGGCUGCACAACUAUAGAGGGCAAUCUGCGGAUUCUUAAGAACAGCUUUGAUGGAGAUGAACAUCGAGACAUUCCCCCAAUGGACCCUGAGGAUUUGAAAGUCCUGAAAAGUGUGCGUGAAAUCACAGGCUAUGUUGUGAUACAAACAGAUCACAAAAACUUCACUGACCUCUCUUUCCUUUCAAGUCUGGAGGUCAUUCAUGGCAGGGAAACAAAUAGCAAGCAGAGUCUCAGCAUCCUGAUGACACCACUUAAAACUCUGGAGUUGUCCUCACUGAGGUCCGUGAAGAAUGGCGACAUCUGGAUCAUGGCUAACAAGGACUUGUGUCUGGCAGACUCGGUCAACUGGACUGGAAUCCUUCACAAUCCUAAACAAGUGGCUGAAGUCAAGAGCAACAGACUUCAGAUCAACUGCACCAAAGAUGGCCAGGUGUGCAGCAAGGAGUGUUCUAGCCAUGGCUGUUGGGGUGUUGGUGCCAACAAGUGUGUCUCCUGUCGCAACAAGAUGCUGGCCAACAAGAAGUUGUGUGUUGCCUCCUGUGCAGACAUCUACAACUUCUAUGAAGAGCCUCCAGCUAAUGGUUCCAAGAUUGGGAUCUGUCGCCCAUGCAACAACCAGUGUGCAGGCAGUUGUACUGGUCCGGACAACUGGGAAUGCUCUAGCUGUCGUAACUUUACUGUCAUCGAUGUUGAAAUAAAAGAUAUUACAUCCAAGAAGAAUGUGUGUCUGGAUGAAUGUCCUCCAAACAUGUACCCUGGGGAGAACAAUAUCUGCCAGAGGUGUCAUCCUCACUGUGAACAAAGAUGUUCUGGGAACAUGCAGACUGUGGGUUUUGGAGGCUGUGACACCUGUGUUGUUGGAAUAGCGAAUGGCAGUGACAUCUACUGCCUGCCUAAAGACACCAUCUCCUGUCCUCAUGGCUAUUAUAUGAGUAUUGAGAAGAGCAGUGCUCCUGGACCAUUGGCAGGCAAAAAGCUGUGUCGCGUGUGUGACCAGCGCUGUCUGACCUGUGAUGGACCUGGGGUGCAGUACUGUACAGACUGCACCUACUUCCGUAGCGAAGGUCUGUGUGUAGAGCACUGUCCAGCCUUCACCUACUCAGACAACCAGACCAAAGAGUGUGAGAGCUGCCACCAGGAGUGCCGUGGGGGAUGCAACGGCCCCUCCAGUGGUAACUGCCAGGCAUGCAACAACCUCAAGAUCUACAUUGAUGAAGAGGGAUCUAUGUUCAACUGUACACACGAAUGUCCUGCAGAGCUACCUUACACUGUGAUGGAUCACAGCACUGACAAGCAGACUAUUGACCCCUCCAGGACAGUAUGCGCUGAUGCCAAACAUCCUGAAGUUAUUGCUAAAUUCCGCAAGAAAGAUGAAGAAGAAAAGAAGAAGAUUGGUAUAAUUGCGGGUGCUGUAAUCAGUGGUGUGAUGGUGGUGGGCAUCAUACUGGUGUGUGUGGCAUACAACUGGAACCAGAGGGCCAAGUCAAAGGAGAAGACUGCUGCCCUCACAGCCAAGAUGACCGGCUUUGACGAGACUGAGCCCCUGACUCCAACAAAUGCCAAGCCAGACCUUGCACAGCUGAGGUUAAUCAAAGAAUCUGAACUGAGACGUGGAGGCAUCAUUGGGUCUGGAGCUUUUGGCACAGUAUAUAAGGGUUUCUGGAUCCCUGAGGGGGAGAACGUGAAGAUCCCAGUUGCCAUCAAGGUACUGCAGGAAGGUACACCCAACCAGAACAAGGAACUCUUGGAGGAGGCUCGGGUAAUGGCAUCAGUGGAACACCCUUGUUGUGUGCGUAUUCUGGCAGUUUGCAUGACAGCUCAGAUGAUGCUCAUUACCCAGCUGAUGCCUCUGGGAUGUCUGCUGGACUAUGUCAGGAAGAAUAAGGAACAUAUUGGCUCCAAGGUGCUGCUCAACUGGUGCACCCAGAUUGCCAGGGGAAUGACAUACCUUGAAGACCGUGGCAUUGUCCACAGGGAUCUGGCAGCAAGGAAUGUCCUUGUGCAAACUCCAACCCAAGUGAAGAUAACAGAUUUUGGUUUGGCCAAGUUACUAGACUACAAUGAGGAUGAGUACCAUGCUGCAGGAGGAAAGAUGCCCAUCAAGUGGCUGGCCUUGGAGUGCAUCCAGCAUCGGAUCUUCACACACAAGAGUGACGUGUGGAGCUAUGGUGUCACAGUGUGGGAGUUGUUCACGUAUGGUCAGAAGCCAUAUGACAGUAUCCGAGCCCGUGAUGUGCCUGAUCUACUGGAGAAAGGAGAGCGACUGCCACAACCCUCUAUCUGUACAAUUGAUGUCUACAUGAUAAUGAUCAAAUGUUGGAUGUUAGAUGCAGACAGUCGUCCAUCCUUCAAAGAAUUGGCGGAAGAGUUUGCGAAGAUGGCACGGGAUCCUGGCCGUUAUCUUGUUAUACAGGGCGAUGUGUUGAAGAAAUUCCCUGACCAGACAAAUGUGGUCACAGAGAUUGACAUGAUCGCAGGGCCUGAUAGCUGUGACGGAGACAAGCUGCUGCGACUACCCAGUCACUCCUAUGACAAACAUGACCUGGCCCGCAGCAUGAGUGUGGCUGUGGAUGGUCCCGAGGAAGUGAUGGAGGCAGAUGACUACCUCCAACCACAGCAACAACAGAUCCCAGAGGACACAAAGAUCCCGCUAUUGCUGGGUGCUGCAGCUUUUGAUCACAAGCCUAAAGAUGGAGGAAUAAGACCGUGGCGAGAGAAGCGUUAUGCUCACCUUGAGUCUGCAGCUGAAGCUCGAAACAUGAGACAACAGCUGUCACCAACAAGAGGAAGAGAAAACAGUAUUAAUUCCCGUUACAGCUCCGAUCCAGUCCGCUUCUUUAAGGACAGAGAUGAAAUAGAUGGCAUCCCACCCAACAUGGCAGGACACCCAGCAUACAGUGGCUUCCCUGACAGCCACAUCUCAAUGCCCAAGAAGCAAGAAGUCCCUCUGAAGCUCCCACUGGAUGAGGAUGACUACCUGCAGCCCAAGUCAGCCAACCCUGCUGCUUACAUGGACCUGAGUGACAAAGGAUACUAUCAGAAUGAGAAGGUGUUUGAUGAGGAGCCCACCGACACCGACCGAAUGUUGCCUGUGUCAUCACCUAGGGCUGUUGCCAAUCCUGAAUACUUUGAUAGGUCGGAAGAUGAACCGUGGACAAAGCCACGUCAUAAUGGUGUGCACGCACCUGUCAUUAUGCCUAAGUCAGUCAUGUCAAAUGGACACAACUACUACAAUGAUAUUGGCGGUCACCCUGAAUCCAAACCAUUUGUUUUGGCAUCUGAUCAGAACUCAGAAACAACUGUGUAGCAUUGGUGCACAGUAUAAGAGAUAGGGCAGACAACUCUGGGACAACUCACCUCUGUGAUGUUACGUGCUGGGACCCUGACACUUACUCAAUGCUCAGAGGCAGGACGGAGAUGAGACUGUCCGACCUUCAUCUUACUGGAUUUGUAAUGCUAGGCUCAAUACUGCAUAUGACUGUUGUCUGCAGAAAACACUUGAAGUGUCUGAAUGACUGAGACUGUGUCUAGAUGUUAGUGACAGAGAACCUAAGAGUCACUGUGAUGUGUCUGAGACUAGCUGUUAAUAGCCUUGGUGUUGUGCAGCUGCUGUUGAUACAAGGCGUUGAAAUCUGAUUACAUGAUUAGCGCAGAACUACAUCCACAAGUUGUCUACAUACUGCCAGUUGUUAUGUUGUUGCCAUGGUAGGAGUGUUGCGCUGUUGGGCAAUGCCAUGGAGUUGUUAUGUACAGAACCUUGUCAGCUGCUAGUUGAGCUACUCUAGCUAGUAGUAGCGAUCAGAGUCCGAGGGGCUGGAACUCUAUCAUGCAGUGACAUCCCAGGAAUAUGAUUGGUUGUGCCUGUCACCUGAUGUGAUAAGAAUGUUUUGUUGCACACAUUUCACUGUUGUGAAGGAAGGUUUACAACACCAUGCUAUUCAUGAAUUAACAAAUUGAUGUGUAAAGUGGCUAGGAGCUUGUGGCACAAUCUUAGAAAGAGGCAUAAUUUGAUGUGAUCAAAAAUGGAUGCUUCAGCCAUUUUAACUGAUGACAUAUGGACCAAUGGAUUUUACUUAACCAACAUCUUAAUACCCUAAACAAAUUAUUUCCAGUGUGAUAACUUGCUCAGAUUGAACUCAGCAGGUGUUUUAGAUGUAUUUUCCGUCAACUCCAGACGUAAAUCAAAACCAUCCAUGUCCCUGGCUGACAUAGUGAAAUGUGACCUUGGUGCUGAUAUGUGUGAAAUCCUUCGGAGAAGAAACGGCUUACACGGCUAUAAAGAAAACAUCGGUGACUCUGCAUCUGAUCUUUUGCGUGUAAACCAGUGAUGAUUGCCAAGAUAAUGAUUUGGUGAAGACUCCCACCUAGUGAAUUGGACACACAUCUUAUGAAGUCAUAAAUAUUCAGGUGGUUUUAGCAUGGCAGGUUCUCUGGACUAAAGUUUAUGUGUUGAGGGUCAAGAUAUAUCUGUUCACAUUUAAAAGCUCUGUAAACUGGCUGUAUGCAUAAAAUCAAGACAAUACUAAUUUUAUAUGAUAUCCAAACUAUUUUUAUUUUAUGUUUACAGUAGUACAUAACUACAAAUACUUAAUAUGAAAUUGUUUUAAUCUUGGGAUAAGUUCAUCUCUCACCUGCACAUGCUAAAACCACCGUACAGGUUGCCGCUAUUAUGGAAAUAAUAUGUCCCUGUUUGUAUCUAAAUAUUUGCAUAUGAAUAUUUUGUAUGCCAUCAAAUGUUCAAUACACGAAGGUGACAUCUUUGACAAUUUUUAUUAAGUUUAGUCAUAUUUCAACACCACAAACAACAUUUUUAAUCAGGUUUUAUUCAGUGGAUGUACCCAAAGACAUCACAGCUUCUUUUCAAUAAAGUAUUUUACAUUAUUAAAA